CUUUCACUUUACAAAGCAAUCUUCUUGCUCUUUGCUUCCCUUUCUUAAACCUUUGCAAAAACACGCACAAACACACGCUAAAUAAUUUUUCUGGGAUUAAAUUUCAAACCCCAGCUUCCUUUUUUUUUUUGCCCCCAAAUUUUAUGAGCUUUAUAUGAAGAUAUAGAUAUACAAACACAUUAUUUGCAUCUAUACAUUAGGAUGGCUGCUUUGAGUGCGACUUCACUAUGCACUAACAAGUUUUUUUGGUGUCAACCAAAACCUAGAAGAUGCUUCUUUUCUUGCUGUACGCCUUCGUCCCCCGCAAAGAGUUCACGGGGUUCCAGUGGCUCCAGAGUACCACGUAGACGGUCUGGAAGAAAAGAAGGACCUGGAAAGAGCAUGGAAGAUUCAGUUAAACGCAAGAUGGAGCAGUUUUAUGAAGGGUCCCAUGGCCCUCCAUUACGCAUAUUACCGAUUGGUGGUCUAGGAGAAAUUGGGAUGAAUUGCAUGCUGGUAGGGAAUUAUGAUCGGUACAUUUUGAUUGAUGCUGGUGUGAUGUUUCCAGACUACGAUGAGCUUGGUGUCCAGAAGAUUAUACCUGAUACAACGUUUAUCAAGAAAUGGAGCCACAAAAUUGAAGCUGUUGUUAUCACCCAUGGUCAUGAAGACCACAUUGGUGCGUUGCCUUGGGUCAUUCCGGCUCUGGAUUCUCAUACACCAAUAUUUGCUUCAUCCUUCACAAUGGAGCUUAUUAAGAAGCGAUUGAAGGAGUUUGGGAUCUUCGUCCCAUCUAGACUUAAAGUAUUUAAGACACGGAGAAAAUUUGUCGCGGGGCCAUUUGAAAUUGAACCAAUUGCGGUCACACAUUCUAUUCCUGAUUGUUCUGGGUUGGUUUUACGCUGUGCUGAUGGUACUAUUCUUCAUACGGGGGACUGGAAGAUAGACGAGUCACCACUGGAUGGGAGAACUUUUGACCGUGAGGCCCUAGAAGAACUCUCAAGAGAAGGAGUAUCUUUGAUGAUGAGCGAUUCAACAAAUAUACUCUCACCAGGAAGGACAAUUAGUGAAACAGUUGUUGCAGAUUCAUUGUUGAGGAAUAUUUCAGCUUGCCAAGGAAGAGUUAUUACUACUCAAUUUGCAUCAAAUAUUCAUCGUCUUGGAAGUGUGAAAGCUGCAGCUGAUUUGACUGGCAGAAAGCUGGUAUUUGUUGGUAUGUCAUUAAGGACAUAUCUAGAUGCUGCAUGGAAAGAUGGAAAGGCACCCAUUGAUCCAUCAACUCUGGUGAAAGUGGAAGAUAUUGAUGCCUACGCCCCUAAGGAUUUGCUUAUCGUCACCACUGGUUCUCAAGCAGAACCACGCGCUGCAUUGAAUCUUGCAUCCCAUGGAAGUAGUCAUUCUCUCAGGCUGAACAAAGAAGACAUGAUCUUAUAUUCUGCAAAGGUGAUCCCUGGUAAUGAGACUAGAGUAAUGAAAAUGCUGAACCGCAUAUCAGAAAUUGGAUCGACAAUAGUCAUGGGCAGGAAUGAGCAGCUGCAUACAUCUGGUCAUGCCUAUCGUGAUGAAUUGGUAAGAUACUUCGAUUAGCUGUUUUCAGAU